UUCGAACGCCCUCGAGUGCCAACAUCUUUGUUCUGUUUUGUCCCAAACUUGAAACCUGAGUCAAGUUUUUAUAAUUUUAGAUUGGUCUAUUAUAAUGUCAAGGUACCACCGCAGAUUAUUUUAACUGAACUUGGAAUUUAUGAUAUAAAGCCCAAAAAAAAAAUUUACUCCUAUUCCAUCAAUUCCUAUUGAUGCUUAUGCUUUGCGACAGAGGAAUAUACAUUACCCUGGCCUCAAACCGAUCUGGAGGUUAUUGAGAUAAAAAUAAAUGCUUUGCAGGACGGCCAGCAGGAUUGUUAACCGAAACGAAGUAACUCGGUUGGAAGAAACCUGUUCAAGGGUCCUCUCAUUUUGCAACUCCAAUUCUUUCAGAGAAGGUAUAUCUGUUCACAGUCCUAUAAUAAAACUGGGUCUUCAAGACCAUUUGUAUUUGAACAACAACCUUUUGUCUCUUUAUGCCAAAUGCUUUGAAGUGGACAAAGCACGCCACUUCUUCGACGAAAUGCCGUAUAAAGACGUCGUGUCUUGGACUGGAAUGCUAACAGCUUAUGUCAAGAGUGGAAACCAUGAUGUAGCCCUUUCUUUUUUCGAUUCUAUGCUAAUUUAUGGACAAUGCCCGAAUGAGUUUACGUUGUCAAGUGUGCUACGAUCAUGUUCUGCUUUGGGAGAGUUUGAGUAUGGAACUUGUAUUCAAGCUUAUAUGAUAAAGCAAGGGUUUGAUCAGAACCCAAUUUUGGUUAGUGGUUUAAUUGAUUUUUACUCCAAAUUUGAUUUUACUGGUGAAGCUUAUAAGUUGUUUAUUAACAAGGGAAAUCAUGAUACUGUUUCUUGGACAAUGAUGAUCUCUUCAUUUGUUCAAGCUCAGAGAUGGAAUCAGGCUUUGCUACUCUAUAUCGAUAUGGUUGAGGCUGGAGUUCCUCCAAAUGAAUUUACUUUUGUGAAACUUUUAGCUGCAUGCAGUGUCCUUGGUUUAAAUUACGGAAAGUUGGUUCAUGCCCAUAUGUUGUUGUGGGGAGCUAAGCUGAAUGUGAUGUUGAAAACGGCCUUAGUUGAUAUGUACUCAAGAUUUCAAAGGAUGGAAGAUGCUAUAAAGGUCUCAAAUCUGACAUCUGAAUAUGAUACUCUGUUAUGCACUGCUGUUAUUUCUGGGUUUGCACAAAACUUCAUGUUUCAAAAGGCUAUAGCUGCAUUUUGCAAGAUGAGGAUAUCUGGAAUCUUACCGAAUAAUUUUACAUUUUCAAGCAUCUUGAACGUUUCCUCAUUAAUGUUGUCUCUAGAACUUGGACAACAGAUUCACUCCAGGGUGGUAGUGGCUGGUUUGGACGAUGAUGUUUCUGUUGGAAAUGCGCUUGUCAACAUGUAUGCGAAAUGCUCCGAUAAAAUAGAAGAUGCCUUGGGAGUAUUUGGAGGAAUCAGCUUACCAAAUGUCAUUUCUUGGACCUCUUUGAUUGCAGGUUUUGCUGAACAUGGUUUUCACCGAGAUUCUAUUCACUUAUUUAUGGAGAUGCGAGCCACAGGAGUGAAACCAAAUUCUUUUACCAUCUCUAGCAUUAUUGGCUCCUUAAAUGCAGCAAAAUCGCUUCCUCAGACACUAAUGCUACAUGGACUUGUUAUAAAGACAAAUUUAUAUAAAGACAUAGUCGUUCAGAAUGCUCUUAUAGAUUUUUAUGCUGGAGUGGGGAUGCUAGAUGAUGCAUGGCAAAUAGUUCAUAUGAUGAAUCAUAGAGAUGCAAUCACAUAUACUAGUUUAGCCUCAAGAAUGAAUCAAAUGGGUCAUCAUGAGUUGGUAUUGCACAUUAUCACUAAUAUGUAUAACGAUGAUAUCAAGCUUGAUAAAUUCAGUAUGGCCAGCUUCUUAUCUGCGGCAGCCAACUUGGGCAUGGUGGUGACCGGAAAGCAACUUCACUGUCAUUCUGUAAAAUCUGGUUUGGGCAGGUGGAUUUCAGCAUCAAAUGGCCUGGUUGACUUGUAUGGCAAAUGUGGAUGCAUACGUGAUGCACAAAGAGCUUUUGGGGAGAUUACAGUGCCAGAUAUUUUUUCAUGGAAUGGGUUGAUUUCUGGAUUGCAAUCCAAUGGGUUCAUUUCUUCUGCUCUCUCUGCUUUUGACGAUAUGAGGUUAGCGGGAGUUAGACCCGAUGUUGUUACAUUCGUAUUAGUGCUCUCUGCUUGCAAUAAUGGUAAAUUAGUUGACCUUGGUCUUGAGUAUUUUCAGUCCAUGUCAGAAAUAUAUGAUGUAGUGCCACAGCUGGACCACUAUGUUCACUUAGUCGAUAUGCUGGGUCAAGGUGGGCGCCUAGAGGAGGCUAUGGAAGUUAUACAAACUAUGCCCUUUAAAGCAAAUGCUGUGAUCUACAAGACAUUACUGCGAGCCUGCAAAGCACAUAGUAAUAUACCUCUGGCUGAAGAUAUGGCAAGACGAGGCCUUGAACUUGACCCAUCUGAUCCAGCAUUCUAUAUACUGCUAGCAAACUUGUACGAGGACUCUGGUCGACAUGACUUAGGUGAGAAGACUCGCAAUGUGAUGAGAGAAAAACGAUUGAGGAAAAAUCCUAGCCAUAGCUGGGUGGGAAUCAGGAACAAAGUUCAUCUCUUUGUUGCAGGAGAAAGAUCACAUCCACAGAUAAAUGAAAUUUAUGAGAAAAUAGAAUCGUUUGAGGCUGAGUUUAAGAAUCAUGGAUAUCUAUAUCAAGGCAUGAGAACUGGGGAUUCCAAUUAUCACAGUGAGAAGUUAGCAGUUGCAUUUGGUCUUCUAAAUACCCCUUCCAAGACUCCGAUACAUAUAAUUAAGAACAGUAGUAUUUGCAGAGACUGCCAUGACUUUAUAAAAUUUGUGACUCGUCUGGUCGGUAAGGAAAUAAUUGUAAGAGAGGGUAACCGUUUGCAUUCCUUUGGAAAGGGAGAGUGCUCAUGCAAGGGCAGUUAGUUUUGAAGAAUGAAAGAACUUUAUGUUGUUUCCUGCCUGGUCCCGUGGACAAAGAUCUCAAGCUGUUCUGUAUUCAUAGUUUCAUUCACAAUUCUUGCAAAUUGAGUACAGUGCUUUUACACUUCCGUCACCGCCCGAUGUCAUUUAGUCACUUUUCUCUUGCAAAGAACGCUCAAGACGCCAGAUGUAUUUCCUCUGGGUGUUUUUUAUGUGUAUCAUUAAUAAAAUUAUGAUAAAA